AUGACGAGUAUAGACAACGAGGUGAAUUUAGAAUGGUUUAACUCAUAUGUAUCAUACACCACAUCGAAUAAUUUAACACCUGAUAAAGGAUUACUUGAAAAGAAGCAAAAACUUGAAUCAACGAUUAGUAAACAACAACAACAACAGCAACAGCAGCUAAAACUACAGCGUAGCCAAGCAGUCAUAGCAGAUGAUGCUAUUGACAUCAGUCAAGAUGCACCACAUCUUGUACGGCUAAUUGAAUCACAAGAAACCACUGAGGAGUUGACCAAAGAAUUGAAGAAUUUACUAAUCAAAUACUAUUGGGCAGGAUUUGAACUUCAUGAUAAACUACAAGAAGUUAAUAUAGAUGCUACAAGAAAACGAGAUGACAUUGUUGACGAAAAUAGCAAUGCCGGUGAAGUAUAA